AUGGUCAAUGUAUCCGUCCCUCACUCCGAAGUGACGGCCCUCUUGGAGGAAUCCGACCUAGAUUUUCGCUUCCACUCAAAGGACGAUGACUUCGCGCUCAAAACCUAUGACACCAAUAUCAUGGGCAGAUUCAGUUGUCCCAACGAUGAAUGCGGUUCGACUGGGUGGUCCAGCAAGAAGAUCGCGAUCACCAUUCGGAUGUAUACUGGUGACAAAUACAAUGCACGAGUAUACCACCAGCGCUGCCAGGAAUGCAAGCGGCUCAGCCAGCCGAUUCUGGAUGACUCGUACGCGGAGCGGGUCGCGUAUCGCUUGAAGAAAUGGAGUGGAGUCGAGAUGGAGGCCCCGGUGUAUGGUGGUGAGAGUAACGGUCCCCACAUCAGGUCACUGUGUGAGGGCUGCAAAGCCGGACAUUGCUCUGAGGGAAAGUGGUAUUGUUGA